UGGCUACUAAGCCUGACAGUCAACAGUUACUUCUUCUCCAUUUCACUAUUUCUAUUUCUCUGUUUUUCAUUGUUUUAUUCUCAAUUUUGUACCAAAAUGGCCUUAUCUAAAGCGGUAUACAUCGUAGCAGCCAAAAGGACAGCAUUUGGAGCCUUUGGUGGUAAAUUAAAAGGGUUAACUGCUACAGUUCUUGGCGAAAAGGCGUCGAUCGCUGCACUUGAGUCCGGUAAAGUUGAUCCGGCUAUCGUAGAUCACGUUAUCUUUGGUAAUGUAAUUCAGAGUGCAUCAGAUGCAGCAUAUGUCUCUCGUCAUAUUGGAAUWAAGGCAAAGGUACCAGUAUCUACUCCAGCUUUGACUGUGAAUAGACUGUGUGGGUCUGGGUUCCAGGCAAUAGUUAGCGGAGCUCAGGAAAUACUUUUGGGAGAAAGUGCUGUUGUUCUUGUUGGAGGCACUGAGAAUAUGAGCCAAGCACCAUAUGCUGUGAGAGAUGCAAGGUUUGGCACAAGACUGGGUUUAGAUUUAAAGAUGGAAGAUACUCUGUGGCAGGGUUUGACAGACAUGUUAGCUGGGCUACCAAUGGGAAUUACAGCAGAAAACUUAGCUGAGAAGUACAACAUCACCAGGGAGCAAUGUGAUGAAUUUGCAAUUCUAACACAACAAAGAUGGGGAGUCGCUCAGCAAGAAGGAAGAUUCAAGGAGGAGAUUGUACCCAUAACUCUCAAGGGAAARAAAGGUCCUGAAGAUUUUGCYAUUGAUGAACAUCCUCGUCCUAAAACGACUCUGGAACAGAUUGCUAACCUUCCACCAGUCUUUAAGAAAGGAGGGACUGUUACAGCAGCAAAUGCAUCAGGAAUUUGUGAUGGGGCAGCAGCUUUAGUUCUUGCCAGUGAACAAGCCGUCAAGGACCACAGCCUUACCCCUCUUGCCAGAAUAGUAUCGUACAGCAUCGCCGGUGUUGACCCAACUAUCAUGGGCAUUGGACCAGUGCCAGCAAUGAAGACUGCUUUAGAAAGGGCAGGAAAAACAUUUGAUGACAUGGGUUUGAUAGAGAUCAAUGAAGCUUUUGCUCCRCAAUUCUUAGCUGUUCAGAAAGACCUUAACUUGGACAUCGCAAAAAUAAAUGUAAAUGGAGGUGCCAUCGCACUUGGACACCCAGUUGGGACAUCUGGUGCAAGAAUUACUGGUCAUCUUGUCUACGAAAUGAAACGACAAGGGAUCAAACACUCUAUUGGUUCUGCAUGUAUUGGGGGAGGCCAGGGUAUAGCUGUUGUUUUGGAARAUAUGUCCUAAAUUAAAAAUGUAUUUUGUGUAAAGCUGUCUGAAAAUUCUAUAUAGUCAACUUUAGAUAUUUUGGUUCAAUGACUAUGUACAAAAGAAUGCACACAAGGCUCCGGGAAAACAAUAGAUAAUCUUGAUUUAUUCUUUUUGUUUCCCCGGAGCCUCGUCUGCAAUUCUUUUGUGCAUGGUCACUGAACCAAAAUAUCUAAAGUCGGCUAUUCAAAUAUAUURGUUGUUGGUUAUAUGUCUGAAAAUUACCCCUGAAUUUUCAGUGUUUUUAAGAAACAUUCUUGUAAAUAACAUACAGGCAUUUAUUGUCAAACAUUACCAGGGAAUUCAGACAAUAAGAAUCAUAUUAUUAUUAGACAAAAUAAAAGAUGUUUGUACUGAAUCUAGACUGCAAUGCUAAUUCAUGUGUUGUUUCAGAAAAGCCAAUUAGAAUGUUGGUGCUACAUAUGGGAAUUUCUUAAUAAAUUUUUUAGGAACUCUU